UGAAUAUGAGGGUCCUCGAGAUUACCACUGCAUUCACCGUUUUAGCGGCUGUAUUUGUGGCUGUUCGUCUAUGGACAAGGUGCAGGCUAGUCAAGAGUCCCGGAUAUGAUGAUCUGCUCAUCGUUUUUGCGUUGAUAUGUUCUAUCUUGUUUUAUGCCUUCAUUCUCGUCGAGCGCCAUUAUGGUCUCGGCAUACGCAAGGAUCGCCUCUCUGAAGAGGCCAUCCAGGGUCAGAUGCAGUACCUCUGGCUCUCCAUCCCCUUCUACAACCUCUCCCUCAUCCUCUCCAAAUUAUCCAUCCUAGUCCUCUUCAUCCGCAUCUUCCGAUCCAGAAAGUUCCUCCUCUGCACCUACUCCACCAUGGCAUUACUCAUCGUUGCAGGACUGUGGAUGGUCAUCAGCGGAUUCCUCUUCUGCAUACCCGUGCAUGCCUUUUGGAGUGUCCAUCACAAGGACCAUUGUUUGCCGGAGGGCCCGGUCUGGUAUGCCAAUGCGGCGAUGCAGAUUUUCACGGAUCUAGUAAUUCUCAUUUUACCGAUGCCUUUGCUGUCAAAGUUGCAUUUACCGCGGCGACAAAAGGUGGGGACUAUGUUGGUAUUUGGGGUUGGCAUCUUUGUGAUUGCGACUAGUUCAGCGCGACUUUAUCAGCUCAGUGAAAUGGUCAACAGUCGCGACUUUACCAAAACCAACGCCGAAGCAGCAGUCUGGUCCUCUCUCGAAGCAAACGUCUCCAUAAUAUGCGCCUGCCUCGCCCCCCUUCAUCCCCUACUAUCUCGCAUCUUCUCCUUCUGCUUCCGCCCUCAACCCCUGCACUCCUCCCCAGCUACAAAGACCCAUUCCACAAUAACACACCUCAACUCCUCCCGCAAACACUCCAUCUACGACCAAACCUACCCGGACGGUAGUAUCUACUACAAUGAUUUCUUCUAUUCGGGUCCCGGCGCGUACACGGCUAGUAUAUCCAAGACGAACACGCACGAAGACGAAACGAACCGCGAGUGCGAGGAUGAAGAUGGGAUCCGUGUUGUUAGGGAGUUACGAAUGGUUUCUGAUGCGGUGGUGCCCGGUAGUCCCGGGGCAGGGGUUGGUUUUGAGAGUACCCAGGAUAGAGAUUUUGAGAUGGAGCUGGGGAUGGGGUUGAGGAAGGGGUCGGCUACUGCUGGGAAUGGGGCUGAGAAUAGACCGAGGAAUAUGAGUAUUGAGUGGGAUUUGGGGGACUGGGAGUUUCCGGAUUAUAAGGAGAGGAUGAAUUCUCCUAUUUGA